AGACUCCUUUUAAAACCAUUACCAAUGCGAGCACCCAAACCCAAAAUCAAAGCCAUUUGCAACGAUUCCUCUCUUUCAAAUUCGUCGAUUCUCUCCUAACUUCCUUCUUUUGCUUUCACCGAAUUCUCUGAAUUUUCACCUGCAUUUCGUUCCUAAUUUCUCCCGAUUCGGCUCGUAUUUUCGUGCCCUAAUCCCCAAUUUUGCCAUCGGUGGAAAGUCUAGGUUUUAUUUAUUUAUUAUUAUUAUUAUUUUUAUUCAAUUGGAAUGGAUUCGGAGGAUGACAUGCACGAUGCCAAUGAUGCGGAGUCCCUCGACGACGUCUACAGUGGUGAGACGGCCAUGGCGAGUGAUGGCGGGGAUGGUGACUAUGAAUUCGACAAUGACACUUAUGAUUCCGACGACAGUGCCUUGCAUCGCCAGCAGCAAAAUUACACCAUUUUGAGCGAAGCAGAUAUACGCCAGCGUCAGGAGGAAGAUAUAACAAGGAUAUCUACUGUACUCUCCAUAUCGGGGGUUCACGCAAGCAUCCUGCUUCGCCACUAUAAUUGGAGCGUUAGUAAAGUGCAUGAUGCAUGGUUUGUAGAUGAAGAAAAAGUUCGAAAAGCUGUGGGCUUGUUGGAGAAGCCAGUUGAUUCAAUGGCUAAUGCUAGGGAACUGACUUGUGGGAUUUGUUUUGAAAACUAUCCUCGUAAUACGAUGAAUGCUGCUGCUUGUGGUCAUCAGUUUUGUAGUGCAUGCUGGACAGGUUACAUCAGUACAUCGAUAAACGAUGGUCCUGGAUGCUUGAUGUUGCGAUGUCCUGAUCCAACUUGUGGUUCUGCUGUGGGUCAAGACAUGAUCAAUAUACUGGCUUCUGAUGAAGAUAAGGAGAAGUAUUCUCGUUACCUUCUUAGAUCUUAUAUUGAAGACAAUAAGAAGACAAAAUGGUGUCCUGCUCCAGGUUGUGAGUAUGCUGUGGAUUUUGUUAUGGGUGGUGGGAGCUAUGAUGUUUGUUGUAACUGUUCCUAUAGCUUUUGCUGGAAUUGUACUGAGGAAGCUCAUCGUCCAGUGGAUUGUGGUACCGUGGCCAUGUGGAUAUUGAAGAAUAGUGCUGAGUCUGAAAACAUGAAUUGGAUAUUAGCUAAUUCUAAGCCUUGUCCGAAGUGCAAGCGGCCAAUUGAAAAGAACCAAGGGUGUAUGCAUAUCACAUGCACACCUCCUUGUAAAUUCGAGUUUUGCUGGCUGUGCCUUGGUGCAUGGUCAGAUCAUGGUGAGAGGACAGGUGGCUUCUAUGCCUGUAAUCGAUAUGAAACCGCUAAGCAGGAGGGAGCGUAUGACGAGACUGAGAAAAGAAGGGAAAUGGCGAAAAAUUCUUUGGAGAGAUACACACAUUAUUAUGAACGAUGGGCAACCAACCAGUCUUCAAGGCAGAAGGCACUUGCAGAUCUGCAUCAAAUGCAAGCCGUGCAGCUGGAGAAGCUGAGUGACAAACAAUGCCAGCCUGAGUCUCAGCUCAAGUUUAUAACAGAUGCCUGGUUACAGAUAGUUGAGUGUAGGAGGGUGCUGAAAUGGACCUAUGCCUAUGGCUAUUACCUGCAUGAGCAUGAACAUGCCAAGAGACAGUUCUUCGAAUACUUGCAAGGUGAGGCUGAGUCAGGGUUAGAACGGCUUCAUCAAUGUGCUGAGAAGGAACUACAAGUUUACCUUGAGGCAGAGGGCCCAUCCAAAGAUUUCAAUGAGUUCCGAACGAAGCUUGCUGGACUGACCAGUGUGACUCGGAAUUACUUUGAGAACCUUGUCCGAGCACUGGAGAAUGGUCUGUCAGAUGUUAAUUCCCAAGGUGCCUGCAGCAGGACGGCAAGCUCCAAGAGCUUGGCCGGUAAGGGAAGAGGUGGAAGGGGCAAGGCAACAAGCUCUAGAUCCGGUCCCAGCCGCAGCUCGGAUGAUCCAACCCACUGGUCAUGCAGGCAUUGCACCUAUGCCAACAUCAGGUCUGCCACAGAGUGUGAAGUCUGCCACCAAUGUCGAUAAGCGCUUGAACUCCUUUCCAGGCAGGUGGCCAACCAGAAAGCCUCAUUUUGUGGGAUGGCAUUUACCUGCUGGUGUCAAUGGUAAAUUUCCGGAGCAUUGACCAUUGUCAAGGCUGUGAAUGCAUAGAAAAAGGGAAAAUGAAAUGAAAGAGGAGAAAGAAAAAAGCCUUGUUCUGUACUAGUGCAUUGUGGGGAUUCUCGUAAGGUAUUACUCCGUUGUAUAUAUGUGUCCGUGUAUCCCAUAAUGUUGUUAUUGAUUAUAUAUAGCAAGAGGCAAAAUGCAAAUGGCACGCAUCUGUCACUUUCAAUGGGUGGGAUGGCCAUUGAUAGAGCCUCAUAUGUUAAGGGCAGGGACAUGUGAAUGAGCCUUCUUCAGCAGAUUACAGAAGAAAGUGCUUUAAGAUGUGAGUGUAUUUCUGUUGGGUGCAGUACCAACAGCGUUGUGUUGUUGUUAUACGUACAUCUGCCUGUAACACAUUGGUGUGAGAUGGUGUCGAUGGAUCCUGUAAAGACCUGGGAAAUGUAAGAGGUAUCAAGUUGUCCCAGCCAAUCUCCACAAUAUUAUCUUCUCUAUUGAUCAGAAGAGAAUCUCUAUAGCAUCUUUAUAGGAGAAUUAACUUGAUAUGCAGGCACUCGGAACUUGUACAGGUCUUGGUAACAUUAUCUCAAAUGAAAUUAAUUUGUAUUACCCUCUCU